GAAAGAAGGCGACAAAAUUGUUUUGCCGCCAAAGAGUGGGCUUCGAAAUUAGCAGAGAGUGACAAGGGCUCCUACUACAAUCAAGAAAAAUGGCUAAAAGAUGACGAAGCUCCUGAAAAACCCAUUGAAGCUACCGCGGAAUCGAGUUUCACGAGUUCGUUAACGAGCGGAAAGAGCUUUUUGGGCCGCGAAGCAGCCAAUCGAGAGACGAAGAAGCGAGAGGUCCCGCGCCAUAUAAAAAUCGGACGAAGUGCUGUUUUGAAAGUCUAUUGUAGAGGGAAAGAAGCUUUAAGAAAAAAUCCAGGAAG